AUGUGGACCAAGAUAGACAAUGUUCUACAAGGGAUUCCCAAUCGCAAUGGACUAAUUCUUUUGGGAGACUUCAACAGUGCCCUCCAACAAACACAUGGACUCAUUGGCCAUGGAACUUUUCACUGGAAAGGGAAGGAAACCACUGGACGCAUCCAUAGUGAUCAUGGAAGGUUCCUGAACAUCUUGCGUGGACAUGCCCUAGUUGUCCUGAAUUCCUGGGACAAGACACUAGGUCCUACGUACGUGCACGGAGACCAAGCCAGCCGGCUGGACUAUGCAUGCGUGAGGCAGCCCUUUGCUGACUCACUGGCCAAGCAAGUGCGUUAUUUGUGGCAAUCCCCUUUCAUUCAGCAGACCACGCAUGGGCAUGUUCCGAUUUUGUGCAGCAUUGCUAGGCAUUGGAUUCCUGAAAACCGCCAGACCAGCAUCCAGCAGGUCACCAUGCAGCAAAGACAGGCUGGACGCCUGGCCUACCUUGCACAAACGCCGGAAUGGCAAGUUUUUACGCAGCAAUCACAACAAUGCCUUAAUCAGCAUCUUGGAGAUUUCACUGCAGAUGUGGAUAACACCCUAGACCAGAUGCACAAAGAAGUGAUGCGGCUGUAUUGCAAAGCUUUUCCCUCCGGCAAGGCUGCCCGAGCCACUCCUGCCUGGAAAGCCGCCUUGCCGACGAUCCUCAACAAAUGGGAUCACAGGAGACAAAUUUUGCGGCCACGAGUUCCGUUCACAGUGGACCAGUUGGCGAAAGCCCUGAGCCUGAUUCCGAGCACUCGUAAUCUCCGCCCCCUGGCACUCCAGGAACCGGUAGGAUGUAAGGCGGCGCCGGGUUUAUGGUGCUUUUUCCUGGUGAUUUUCUUUCAUGAACUUCAGAAAGAUGGUACGAUUUCACUCCAUUGGAUCCAAGAGCACAUCACCAUUUACGCUGACGAUUGUCACCUGGGUGCCUGUUUUUCCAAUUUGGAGGAAUUUCUUGAAUUGCAUAGGAUCAUUGGCAUGGUUUUCUCCACGUUUUCUCUCAUGGACAUGCACAUUAAUCCUAACAAAUCAGUGGCCAUCAUGGAGCUGAAAGGAUCCCAAAGCGGCUGGAUCAGACGCCAAUUCAUUUGCAAGAGACAAGAUGCCGAUUGCCUGAAAAUCACAGCGCCUGAGUAUUCAGAUGUCCAUAUCCCAAUUAGCCAGACUGCCAAAUAUCUCGGUGUAGUUAUUUCAUAUGGCAAUUUUGAAGCUGCCAGUGUGAAGCACCGCCUCAGCCUGACACGCAUUGGAUAUCGACGCCUGCAGAAGUGGCUCACAGGCAAACACUGCCUGACAACGGCACAGCGGUAUCGACUCUGGCAGACUUGCAUUUAUCCAAUUUUCAGCUACGGUGUUUUUGCCAUGUGCCUUCCUUCCAAUUGCAUUCACACAGCCAUCACACAGCUGACAUUGAUGUUACGCAAAUUGGCACAUGACCACUCCUAUAUCACAAGACGCACAAAUGAAGCAGCACUUGCAUUUCACCGCUUGCCGUGCCCGACUCAAUUGCUCCACGGCACUGCCGUUGGACUGCUGAGGACGGUCACUGCACGCCAACAUGCAUUGCUUCCACAUGACAUUGCGCAUUCCAUCCAGUGGUCUCAUUUGCCGGAACUCAUCAGUCGAUUGGAAAGCAUGCAGGCCACUGCAUCCUUGGAGAGACUUGCCCCUCCCACGCUGGAGGCCAUACACAGUGGACCCACGUCCUGCACCUUGGAGACGAGCCGUGCUGGUGCGGCCCUUGGCUCCAUUGAGCCCAUGCAAUCCCAACUGGCAGAUGCAGCAGCCAGAGGACUUCGAUUGAUCACAGAUGCAGAGCUUCACAACCUGAAGCAACAAAGGUUUGGAGCCAAUCUGCUGCAGAUUGUGCAAGAUCGAAACUGGGAACGUGUGGCAACAGACCAAGAGGCCUGCCAGUAUCUUGCCUCCAGGUGCAUCAUUUGCUCCUUUCAGUUCUCACGAUGUCAGGAACUUCAUCAACACUACCGGCUCAACCAUCCAGAGCUUUGGGAACACGCUCCACAGAAGGGUAUCCAGCUCACCAACCUUUUCAGCACAGACAGCCCAUGUGUGACCUUUGCUUGGAGUUCUUCAGCACACCAGCCAAGUUGGUGCAACACCUUCAAGAAGCUCAUGGACUACAAGGCGGCGACAGAGACGAUUGACAUUGAUCCCUUGUGGCGUGAGGCUUGCCUGGAUGGGCGCUUUCUUGAAAUUCUGAAACCUCCUGGCAAUCGAUUGCGCCUGACAGUGGUCUGUCAGGCCUGUGGGAAGGGCUGCAAGAGGGCAGCAGACUUAUCACUGCACCUGCAAACGGCGCACGCCAGACUCUGGCGCCAAUCCCAGAGAUUGACGCAGGUACUUGUUGAUAUCUUUUAUCAACAACAAUGUUUCUGCAACCCGAGCACAGGCUUGAAACGGGGACACCACAUUUGCCUGCCCUUUAGGCAACUGGCUAUGUGCUUCCACCGGCUGGCUUGUGAGCCUUUUGCACCCACGGUGAUCACUGACCAGACGCUGCAGGCCACUCUCUCAGACAAGCUCCCCAGAUCAGACAGAUACAUCAUAGAGCAAGCCUUGGUUCAUCGGCAGUUCAAGACCCUGUGGCAGGAGACGGCGCCCUUGAAGCUGCUGCGGCAACAGUGCCUCUUCUGUGGCGCCAGACCACACACAGCAGACCUGGCACUCCAUCUACGAGAGGAGCAUGCAUGCCAACAUGCCUUCUUUUUGUUUUACAUGGAACAGUUGCUGCCCAGCGUUCAUGCGAUGAAUCCAGAUGACUUUCAAUGCCAUUUGUGUGGUUUGAUUUUCAACUUGCCUGCGCACAUGUGCCCUGAUGAGCCUUUACAUGAUCGAGCGGCCCUGGUGAUUUCCCAUCUGCGUGGCUCGUGCCCGGUGCUUAUCCAACUGGCACUGCUGUUUGGCUCUCUGCUGAACGACACGGAGGCCACGACCCAGAUCAUGGCCAGCUUCGGAGCCCUGGCACCGUUGUUCCGAACGCAGGACAAGUCACUGAAACUGAGCCCCAAUCCACGGCAGACCAAGGCCCGUCGAAAAGACGAACACUCCAGCCCAGACGAAGAGAUGGAUCAACUGCCAGACGGACCACACCAACCAACAAUGCGACUGCUGAGCACUCUGGCUCAACUGGCACUACGACACGACCAGGAGUUGCAAAGCCUUCGAAAGAUGGAUCAAUUCAUUCUUUUUUUGAGCCCAGAACAGAUGGGAGCUUUGCACAUCAUGAUCCAAGAGACAGCCCAGUGGAAAUCCCAGAUGGAGGCCCAGAAUCAGGGACACCUGAUGCCACUGCGCCAACACCUCAUGCUGGCACUGCUGAACUCACUGCGCACCAGAGCUGGCCAGAUCGUGGAGAGCAAGGAGACGGAUCAGCUCUACGAAAUGUCUCUCAAGAAGGGGGUGAUUCUUGCAGACCGCAGUUUCCCCUACCAUCGUUGGGAUCCUGCGACACAGAAACUGGUGCUGGACAAGAAACCUCCGAUCUCCUACAAGAAGAUGGAGCAGCACCUGGACGAACUUCAGGAGAUGAUGCAAGAGAAGGAAUUGAUUGCCCGCUUCCAUGCCCUACGGGGGUUCAAUGCAUCCAGCCAGAACGCAGUACCCUGGCGCCUGCAGAUUCACAUGAGGAGGGACAGGGCUUACGAGCUCCUUUACCAGCUCUCUCACAACUCGGUGUGGAUGGCAGUGGGGGCAUCGAUGAAACCUCACACCAUGGGGCAAUCACCUUUGGCCACGGCGCUUCAGGCAAUGACACAGGAGCAGAAGACCAAACCCAAGGGCAAAGGCAAAGGCAAACACAAAGCCACCAAGCAGGAGCCCUGA